CAGCCUGCAGGUAGAAAAAAUUGGGAAGGAAGAAGAUAAGAAAUUUUCAAUGGCUUCUUCCUUAUCCACCCCCGUUGUUGUUGCUUCGGCUUCAUCGCGUUUAUGGCAUCCUGCUUCCAACGGGAAGAUUAGUGUUCCUUCUGCUUCGCUUUCUCUCCGCACUGGUUCCAGACGGAGUCCGUUUUCUCUCGGCUCUUCCUCCACUUCUUCUCAGCUGCUCCAUUGCUCGUUCCUCUCUUCAUCUCUCUCCCUAUCGUCUGCAUUUUCUGGUUUGUCCAUUGCGUUUGAUUUCAGCAUUGGAACGAAUGGCCAGAAACGCAGAGGGCUUGUGGUGAGAGCUGGAAAAGCUGCUCUGUGUCAAACAAAGAGAAGCCGAUCAAGAAAGUCACUGGCUAGGACUCAUGGUUUCCGUUUGAGGAUGCGAACCACUAGUGGUCGAGCCACCAUCAAGCGCCGACGUGCCAAGGGUCGCUGGAACCUCUGCCCUAAGUCCAAUCCUAGCAGCGGCAAACGGGCUUAAAGCUCGUUUCUCUCCUCAUUUUAUCUCCAAUUUUGCUUGAUAUGCCUCUUUUUUUUAUGUGCUCUCGAUUCGUUUUAAAUCAAUUUCUUGGGAUACUUGUUGCUUCAUUAAAUUUUAUACAUAAUUGUAACGCUGUUAGCAAUUAUUAGUUUGUU